ACGGUCUGGCAACUCUUGAGCGGUUUGUGCAGUAGAAAAGACGCCAAGCAGAUUGUUUUCCUCGCUUUUACAAUUUGUCCCGACUUAAAUCGUUUUAGUGCUUAAUACUCGCGACCCCCGAAACUAGUUCGUUGCAGUUGUCGCGAUGGCCGAGAAGUUGGAGGCUCGCGAGGCCCUAAUGACCGAGAAAAAGGUCUGCCGCUUCUGCCUCACGGAGCAGAAGUUGGCUUCGAUUUUCGAGGAAAACGCGAGGGUGAAAACAACCGCCAAUCUGCCGCUGCAGAUCAUGGCUAUUACGGCGAUCGAGGUUUACGCCGGUGAUGGAAUGCCUGGGCUCAUUUGUCUGGAAUGCCGUCUGCUGUUCGAGCACUGUUACCGCUUCAAGCAGAUGUGUAAGCGGGCAGAGACCCUCCUACGACAAUAUCCCUUGACCGGAAACUGGCCUUCGCCUCUGGAAAAGCCCCGUGCUCCCAUGAUGACGGUAAUACCCAAGAAGGUGGUAGUAGUUCCAGCCCCUGUCGUCGAGACGUUGGAGAACCCCAAGAAGCUCCUUAACACCAUGGCCAAGUCAAGCCAGAUAGUUGUCGAGAACGUCCAAGUGUUGGAGACAAGUUUGGUGGCCCAGAACCCAGUUGUAGUUACCCCACAAGCCAAUCGCCGAUCUCACGCCUACGAGUUAAAGGUGGAGAACAAUCAGGAGCUUUCCAUGGACGAUGUGCAGAACAUGCUGGAGGACAUGGCCAACGAGCUGGACAAGGAGAUGACAGCAGCAGCCCCAAAGCCGUCGCCCAAAAAACCCAAGGUGUUGAACAAGUCGUCGAUUAGGAUUCUGAACAAGGGACCAGCUGCUCCGGUGGAGCCGCGCAUUGCCACGCCCCAAGUCAAACGGGAUGAGAGCGGCAACGUGGCUGUAGUGACCGAAGUUCUGGACGUCGACAUUCAGCUAGAUUAUCACGAUGAUCCAACCAAGAACACUGAGACGGUGGCUACCAACGUAUUUCCGUGUCCCGAUUGCGAACGCUCGUUUCCGCUUCAGCAGCUACUUGAGAUCCAUCAGCUAAAUCAUACGCGCUCCCGCAGUUUCCAGUGUCCCCACUGCGAGAAAAGCUUCUUCUCGAAAUACGACCUGGCCAAGCACAACUUUGUUCACACUGGCGAGCGGCCAUUCAAGUGCACCAUCUGCGGAAAGGCCUUCACCAGGAAGGCUCUGCUCCAUCGCCACGAGCGCACCCACACAGAAAUUCCCAAGAUCAUCUGCGUAUACUGCGAGAAGCAAUUCAUAUCGCGCCAGGAAAUGGAGAAACACGCCGAGCGGCACAAGAAGAAGCGUCCAUUUAAGUGCGGCGUCUGCAGCAAGGCGUUUGCCUUCAAACAGGGACUGGAGCGUCAUGAGGUUGUACACUCCACCAACCUUCCUUUUCCCUGCCAGCACUGCCCGAGGAGCUUUUCCACAGCCUCCAAGCUGGCGCGACAUCUCGUGGCUCACGCCGGGAAGAGGGCUUAUCCCUGCAAGUACUGCCCAAAGUCGUACCUGUUGUCCCACCAUCUCUCGCGGCACCUGCGCAUGCACACGCAGACUUCGGACGCCAUGUUCGUGUGCAGCGAGUGCAAGAAGUCGUUCACCAGCUACAACAGCCUGCUGGAGCACGCGAGUGUGCACGCCAAUGCGACCCUGAAGUGUCCGAUGUGUCGGGAGCAGAUCGAGGAUAUUGACAGCGUCGAUGCCCAUAUGGAACAGCACAAGGAGAGCGAGCGGUUCGCCUGCGAGUUCUGCGAUCACAUCUUCUUGACCCAGAACUGCCUGCAGAAGCACAUCGAGGACGAUCACGUGAUUGACAUGGAGCCGUACCAAGUCGAUGAGGAAGGCGAAGGGGAGGAACAUAUCGAGGAAGAUUUGGAUCUGGACGACGUAAAGCAUGAGGAAUUUGAGGCGGAGUAUUUGGAUGAAGAUAACUUAGAUGACGACCACCUCGAUGAUAGCGACGAGUCUUUUACGCCGCCUACUAAGCAGCGAAAGAUCAUUACUCCCAAGGGAGUCGAGACCGUGUCGUCGCGCCAAACCCGGAGCCGAGAUACUCAAAAAGUCUCACCAAAGGCAGUCGCUGUGAAGAAGGAUACCAAGUCGCAACCCAAACUGGAUCGCUUUGUAGUUAAGAAUCGCAAGUCCGCGAAAUAAGAAACCAGAGAUUGGAUCCAUGUUUAUGCUUACACAUUAAAAAGAUUAUA